AUGUUGUCGAGACUUCUAUCCAUACCUCUCAGUAUCGGAGCUCUAAUUGCUACCCCGUCACGCCUUUUGCUAUCCACCACCACAAGAGCAGCUAGUGUCAUGGCUCUUGACCCUACCCAAUUGAAUGUCUUCCACGCACCUCUUCGACCCUUGACCACUGAGGUGGACUCCACCCAUCCCGCUGGCUUCGCAAGAGACGGGUAUUGCCGUGGUACUCCAGAAGAUGACGGAAAGCAUUUCAUAGGUGCUGUCGUCACUCAGAACUUUCUCGAUUACAGCAAGAGACGAGGAAACGAUUUGACCACUCCUCAGCCGGGGUUUCCAGGGUUGAAAGAAGGUUGUAAAUGGUGUCUCUGCGUCGAACGUUGGAAACAGGCUUUGAGCGCAGCUGGGACACAUGGUCGAAGCGUUGUACCCCUGGUCGAUCUGAAAGCCACUGCGCUUGACGCUCUCCAGCAUGUCUCCAUGGAAGAACUGCAGAGGUUCGAAUACCAACCGAAACCGACUCACCCAUUUUCGUCCGGUUCCAACUCUAAACCCCCGUCCGACGAAAUAUAA